GUGCACUUUUCUCGAACGACCCAGUCUUUGCUUUGCACAUUUACAUGAAAAUUUUAGCGCUUGAAAAAAUUACUCUGGCCUUUUUAUAAGUGGAUUUCACGCAGAAACUAUUCUAAACUUACUCAAAUUACUUAACUUAGCGUAUAUAUAUAUGCAGAGAGGGGCAUGCGUUUUUAUAUGCAGACAACAAACUGACUUUGGACACCGUUUUCCGUUGUGGCUUUCAAGGACAUCCUUUUCUAUACUGUAAAAAUCUGGGAAUAGCUUUGUUUUCACAUUCCACGUGUGGUUUUAAAGGGAAGCGUGUGCAGCUCAAGGUUGAAGUUACAGUUUAAUGACUGAUGCUUGUACAGACUGCGUCAACAUCCGCAAAACUCUUCUUUGUGUUCAUCCUUUUCUCAGGAUCUCAGCAAAGGCUCACUUCAGGCUCUUCUUUGGAGAUAAUGUGAAUGGGCUUUCGCUAUAUUGAGGAUAGGUGUUUUUUGGGGGUUUUUUUUUUUCCAAGAAGAGAGGAUGGCAAUUUCUGAAGUUAAAAUGUGUCUUGGCUUAGUUUUAUUUGGACUUUUGUUGGUCACGCUUCCAUCUGCCAAAGCUCAAGAUGUGGAGGAGAGAUCUUGUCAAGGCGCCUUCGACUUGUAUUUUGUCCUUGAUAAGUCAGGAAGUGUCAAACACCAUUGGAAUGAGAUCUACUUUUUUGUUGAACAUUUGGCUGAGAAAUUCAUCAGCCCUAUGCUACGAAUGUCCUUCAUUGUGUUCUCAACCAGAGGAAACACAAUCAUGAGGCUGACUGAAAACAGGGAGUACAUAAAGAAAGGCCUUAACGCUCUAAAACGAGAGAUCCCAGGUGGAGAUACAUUUAUGCACCUUGGUCUGGAGAAGGCAAAUGAACAAAUACACCAGGAAAACUUUGGAACGGCAAGUGUCAUAAUUGCAUUGACAGAUGGUGAGCUACAAGAACAUCAGUUGAUAGCAGCCCAAAUGGAGGCAGCCAGAGCUCGAAUGUUGGGUGCAAUCGUGUAUUGUGUUGGAGUUAAGGACUUCAAUGAAACACAGCUGGCGACCAUAGCAGACACCAGUAAGCAUGUGUUUCCUGUCUUGGGAGGAUUCCAGGCACUAAGAGGAAUGAUUGACUCGAUCAUAAAAAAAUCUUGUAUAGAGAUCUUGGCAGCAGAACCAUCCAGCGUAUGUGCAGGAGAGUCAUUUCAAGUGGUGGUGAGAGGAAAUGGUUUUCGGCACGCUAGAAACAUAGACCAGGUCCGGUGCAGCUUCAAAAUCAACGACACAGUUACACUCAAUGAGAAGCCUGCAAGUGUUGAAGAUACUUUCUUGCUGUGCCCUGCGCCGGUUAUAGAUGAAGUUGGAAAGGUGGUGUACCUGCAGGUCAGCAUGAAUGAGGGUCUAACAUUUAUCACCAGUUCGGUGCACAUAACCACAACAGAGUGUUUUGAUGGCACUAUUCUUCUGAUCACCCUGUUGGUGUUGUUUCUGUUACUGGCUCUGUUAUUCAUGUGGUGGUUCUGGCCGCUUUGCUGCACUGUCGUGAUCAAAGAACCUCCGCCUCCUCCACCUCCAGAGCCAGAGUCAGAUGAUGAGGACGGGAUGCCAAAGAAGAAAUGGCCCACUGUAGAUGCAUCAUAUUAUGGCGGUCGAGGAGUUGGCGGGAUUAAAAGAAUGGAGGUUCGCUGGGGAGGAAAGGGUUCAACUGAGGAAGGGGCCAAGCUGGAAAAACCCAAGAACGCUGUGAUAAAGAUGCCGGAGCAGGAGUUUGAACCCUUUGAACCCAAGCCCAGAAAACCAGAAGGCAGGAGGCCAGUUCAAAACAGGAAGUGGUAUUCUCCCAUUAGGGGUAAACUUGAUGCGAUCUUGGCUCUUUUCCGCCGUGGAUAUGACCAAGUUUCACUUAUGAGACCUCAACCAGGAGAUCAUGGCCGAUGCAUCAACUUUACACGAGUGAAAGAAGAGGCAGCAAAAGCCCCACCACGAGCUCAAAGCCCACCACCACCCCCGCCAGACUAUCGCCCGGUUCCUAGCCCGGUCACGGCCCCACCAAACAGCCCACCUCCGAGGGGACCACCCCUGGCACAGUCUCCACCAGGUCCACCACCUGCCCGAACCCUCCCAGGACCACCCUGCCCCCCUCCAGCACGCCCCCCACCCAGCCUUGAUGGUAGGCCAUGAGAGAAAGACCCCCCUUCCCCCUCCAGUGCAAUUCUUCCAAACAGCCAAAAAAUACUCCUCUCACCAAAGGAUAAUAAAAAGCACGGUAUUUAUCAGUCAGGUUAGAUUAGGAUGUGGUGUGUAGUUUGUUGCUGGACAGCAAAAAAUUAUAAGAGCAAAAAUAAAUAACUGUCGUGACAAAAAAAUUCAACUACUGAGUUUUCCAGAAGCAGAUAAGUAAAGAUUAAGAGAGAUCAUUUUUAGCUUUAGAAUGACUGAAGUACUCCCUUUUUAUUGAGGCUGGACAUUUCAGGAAGAGUUUAAAGGAUAGAUUAGCUCGUUGCAUUUGAACUCGUUGAAAUUUUGGAGAUUAUGUCAAAUUAAACCUGUAUGCAGCGUUUUAAAGAAGCACAUUUCCCAAUAUAUAUAUAUAUAUAUAUAUAUAUAUAUAUAUAUAUAUAUAUAUAUAUAUAUAUAUAUAUAUAUAUAUAUAUAUAUAUAUAUAUAUAUAUAUAUAUACAUAUACAUAUAUAUAUUUGUUUAAAUGUGUGUGUGUAUAUAUAUAUAUAUAUAUAUAUAUAUAUAUAUAUAUAU